AUACCAGCGACAGUGGAAUAGCUACGCUUCAUUGCUAGAGUUCUCAUAAAUAUAAAUGAUUAGUCAGCAUGCAUGCUGUCUAUGUCAGAAGAGGAAAUAAUAAUCUGUGUCUGCAUAUAGUGUGCGUCUUCACUUUGUGUGGACAUUCAACUUUAAAAUCUUUCCUCUCUGGUGUGUGUUGCAAGUGAGCUUGUCCUCUCAGGAAUGUUCAUUGUAUUAGUGGCAUACUUUCUCCUGUUAGUGCCUGAUGCAACAGUGGUGCUUGAUGUCAACACUACUGUCGGCGAAUCAACGGUACUCCCAUGUAUCCUGAUGACCACCACUCCUACUGACUUAAAGACUCUACGCUUUUACUGGCAAGAUGAAAGAAAUUAUGUUUUGUACUCUUUUAAUGAAGGAAAGGAAAUGCCAGAGCAUGUAAAUAAACUUUAUCGGGGCAGGAUCACAGCCUUCCCACAGGACAUGAUUAGAGGAAAUAUUUCAGUCAAAGUUAAAAACCUAACACUUGAAGAUAACCAAAACGUUUUCCAAGUUUUUGCAGCAAUUUUUGACACCGGAAGUACGAGGAGAUACAGUCUUGAACACAGGAAAAUCUGCCACAUUACUUUCCAUGUUGCAGUUCCUUACAAGAGCGUCAGCCUGGCUGUAAAUGAAGAAACAAUGACUGCAGUCUGCACUACACAAAGAGGAUUCCCUGAGCCUUUGGUAAAGUGGAGACUCCAGCACCUCUCUGAUAAUUCCCAAUACUUUUUAGACCCGAGGGAUGUAAACACUACAGCAGUGCAGGACCCUAAAGAUCAGCUCUACAAUUUUAGCAGCACUAUAGAUAUCCCUGGAGGUCGAUAUCGAUCUGUGACCUGCUUCAUCCACAACCCUACCCUAAAUGUGACUUUGAUUACCACCCACAUUUUAAACAAAGGUGAAGCAGAGAGGAGCCUCCCUGGCUGGGCUAUAGGUCUGCUAGUGGCUACUGUUGUUCUGCUAGGUUGAACUGCCGUUAGUAGCUCAUCAAAUGCACAUACUCAAACUGGAGUCCAAGGAGAACCAGACAGCCUUCUUCGUCACCUGACUGCAAAGAUUUUGGAAAAAUCUUUCCACAAGGUCCAGCUUAAUUGUAGUUUCUGAAGCCCAACAUCAGAGUUGGACCUCACUCAUGCUGUGGAGGUUGUUAUAGAAGCACAUUAAUGACCAUAGUUUUGGAAUGAUAUAUUCAACAUUUGGUGCCAUUCAAUACGAUUAAUGUUGGGGCUGACUCAGUGGCCAAUGUUAGUGUUAGGCCAGAAACCAGUGUUAAGUAACACAACUGCAAAAAAUGUUAAAUAACAAUGAUAAAGUCUUAGUUUCUACCAUCCUUUUUCUAUAUCACUCAUCUUAUUUAGAGUCAUGAGGUCCUGUAACCUGUUCAACUGGGCAAGAGUCGGACAGGGUACACCUUGGACAGGUCACUAGUCUAACACAUUCACUCUUAUGGACAAUUUAGAGUUUCCAUUUGACCUGACCUACUUAACUUUGGACUGUAGAAUGAAAACAGAGCACCUGUAGGAAACUCAACACAGGGCCAUACUGAAAUGUCCGCUCUGGCUGAAAAAGGUUUGAAUCCAGGAUUCUCUUGCACCCUGAAAUCAAGUUUUAAGUUUCAACACUAAAAAAAAACAAUCUGUAUCAAAUUACAGCAGAAACUCUUCUAAGUAAGUGAGAUAAUCUUACAUGUAGAUUUAAAAUCUAGUUAGACUUGUUUUGAGUGUGGAUUGGAUUAUCUGGUACUGACUAUUCAAGGCUGUUUGACUUGAUUCAAGUAAAUGUCACUUGCCUUGUCUUAAUUAGCAAUUUCAUUUUAUUUGGGGUUUUGUUUAACUAGAUACAAGGCAUGUAUUAGUUACAGGACCUUUGCCACUUAAGUUUCAAGACAAUAACAUCUUAUUUCAAGUUUUAGUCUUUUGGCUUGAAUGGCCGUAUAUUCUCGACUUUAUCUUGGGACAAAAUAUCUAAUUCCAAGGUUUAGAUUUUUAUUCGCAUGAGUUCAUUUUUUAAACCUGUCACAUUCCAUUGAUAACAAUAGUGCCUCAGAUGAUUUACAUCCCAUUCAGUAAUACAAUACAAAACUCUCAGAAUAAUCAUUAGCCCUAACACCCUUCUCCGAUGAUGAAAAUAAUAUAAACCAGAAUAGCACAUAUCACACAUCUACAGCAAUUAUUACACAUGUGCUGGGGACAGACAAAAUGAUGAACACUUCAUGAGAAUAAAGGACUACCUUUGAAGCAG